CGGAAUGUGCUGAUAACCCGUGGAGAUUUGACUCUGCCAUUUUCCCCCUUUUUAAAGAUUACGAUUGUUAAUUUGUCAGUCGGAUCAAAGUUCGUUUGAUUAAUCUGAAAACGGGACCACGAUUAGGCUGAGCCGUCAGUCCCAUUUCCGCUCCUCGUCGGAAAACAAGGCCGCCUUCAAUUAUGUUUAUUUAUUUAUAAUCUUCAUUUUGUCACUGUUUCAUUCGACUUGACGUCUUAUUUCCUUUUUUGUAUUUUUUGAUUAUUUUUUUCUUGUGGAAAAAUGGAGAAAAACCUAAUGUUCAACAACAACAAGGGAUCCGUGAAAGUGACCAUCACGCCAUGCCAGCCGAAGACGCUCACCCACCUGCCGAAGAGGCCUCCAGUGGAUAUCGCCUUCUCCGACCUUACUUACACAGUCAAAGAAGGAUCGAAAAAAACAACAAAAACUAUUUUGAAAUCAGUGAGCGGAAGGCUAAAAUCUGGCGAGCUCACGGCCAUCAUGGGCCCGUCCGGUGCGGGGAAGUCGACUCUGCUCAACAUCCUCACCGGUUACAGAGUUUCUGGUAUGGAUGGUUCCAUUACAAUUAAUGGGGCUGAAAGAGACCUUUCACAGUUUGCUAAGCUUUCGGCGUACAUCAUGCAGGACAAUCAGCUCCACGGGAAUCUCUCUGUCGAAGAAGCUAUGAACGUAGCUACAGCUUUAAAGCUUGGAAAUCAAAUUAAUAAGCAAGAAAAAAACACUGUGAUUCAAGAAAUUUUGGAAACCCUGGGUCUUCAGGAGCAUGUAAAGACGAAGACGUCAAAUCUGUCAGGUGGGCAAAAGAAGAGACUUUCGAUCGCCCUGGAGCUUGUGAACAAUCCUCCCAUCAUGUUUUUUGAUGAGCCUACCAGUGGUUUGGACAGUUCAUCAUGCUUCCAAUGUAUAUCCCUUCUGAAGAGCCUCUCCCGUGGUGGACGGACGAUCAUCUGCACCAUCCACCAGCCGAGCGCAAGGCUGUUUGAAAUGUUCGACCAUCUUUACACUUUGGCUGAGGGUCAGUGUGUUUAUCAAGGUUCGACACAACAGCUUGUUCCUUUCAUGGCAACGCUCGGCCUCGUCUGCCCCAGCUAUCACAACCCUGCUUCAUUCAUCAUCGAAGUAUCUUGUGGAGAGUAUGGUGAUUAUGUAAGAAAACUGGUCACUGCUAUACAAAACGGAAAAUGUGAUAUUCAAGCCGGGAAACCUUUUACAACUUCAGAACAGCAGCUUAACAAUGCAAAUGCAGAUAAAAAAGUAAACAAUUCGUCAAACGCUGAAAAUCCAAGUAAUAACUCAAAUGGAACAAAUAAUAUGCUUCUUGCCUAUGCUCGUGAUGACAUUGCGAAGGAUACUUCUCAACAAACCGGUGAUGGUGUCGUCAUUCCAAUUGAAUUGACUGGAGACAACGAGAAAACCAGCGGUGUCACAUCAAACCUGCUUCCUGAGGCUUUACCGAAAAACCAAAACCGUUAUGGGACGUCGGAAUUCAACCAGUUCUGGAUUGUACUUAAACGAGCACUUCUUUUCUCACGCCGAGACUGGACGCUCAUGUAUUUGAGAUUGUUCGCCCAUAUUCUCGUCGGCAUCUUGAUCGGAGCUCUCUACUACGACAUCGGUAACGAUGGAGCAAAGGUACUCAGUAAUUUGGGAUUCCUCUUCUUCAACAUGCUAUUCCUCAUGUACACAUCGAUGACAAUCACAAUAUUGUCAUUCCCAUUGGAGAUGCCUGUUUUAAUUAAAGAAAAUUUCAAUCGGUGGUACUCAUUACGGUCUUAUUAUAUGGCAAUUACAGUUUCUGAUAUACCUUUUCAAACUGUGUUUUGCAUCUUGUACGUCUCGAUCGUUUACUAUUUAACAUCGCAGCCGCCGGAAAUUUCCAGAUACGCAAUGUUCUUGUCAGCGUGCCUUCUCAUUUCAUUUGUCGCCCAGUCCGUCGGCCUUGUCGUCGGCGCAGCCAUGAAUGUUCAGAACGGUGUUUUCCUCGCUCCAGUCAUGUCGGUGCCAUUCCUCCUCUUUUCCGGAUUCUUUGUCAGCUUUGAUGCCAUACCGAUAUACCUCAGGUGGAUCACGUACCUCAGCUACAUCAGAUACGGGUUCGAGGGCACUGCCCUUGCCACGUACUCGUUCGGAAGGGAAAAACUCAAAUGUUUCCAGGUCUAUUGCCAUUUUAAAUCUCCUGAAACAACACUGGAAGAGCUUGACAUGCUUGAUGCUGACUUCAAACUGGAUAUAAUCGCUUUGGUUGUUAUUUUCCUCAUUCUGAGAAUAGCAGCAUUCUUGUUUUUAAGAUGGAAACUUAUGUCGCAACGAUAGAAUAAAGAGUAAUCCAUGACAUAUUUUUUUACGGUUCAAUAAUUACUUUAAGUGCCUCUUACAAUGUACUUCAACAUUAAUUUCAUGCAGAAAAAUAAUGUAGAACAAUUAUUUAGAUCUGUAUCGGAGUCAAUUUAAACUCUUUAUUUUUAAUUGAAAGUGCUCAAGGUAAAUGCUUGCAAUUACUAAAAGAGAAAAGAGAAAAGAAAAAUAUAUGCAUAGAUGUAAUGUGUACAUUCCUUGCGUUAAUAUAUUAAUUGUGUUUCCUGUGAUAGUUUUUUAAAUUAAUAAAAUUACUUAAAGUAUCUGCUCAAUAAAGGCGAGAUAGUGAAUAAAUCAAAUUGUUUUGUUUUUAAAAUUGAAUUUUUCUCUUAUGUUCUUUGUUGAGUAGUUUACCAUUUUUGCCUCUUCGGGUUAGGUUAUUUCUGUUUAAUUAUAAUUUAGUUAAACUUGUACAUAGAACUUUUUGUUUGUAAUUACACAAUUAGUCAUCUCAAUUUCCAUUCAGUUUGUAGUUUGUUUUUGUUUAUUUUACUACAAAUCAUUUAAUUAUGAAUGUAUUGCCUGUAAAUAGAGAUUUAGUAUUAAAUCUCAAAUAUCGAUUAGUUAUACGGGACCAUCUGUUGUUGUUUAGAAAAUAUGUUUUAUAAAUCCAUAUUAUUGUAUUUUUAUCGUUGCCCAACAUUUAAUCAAAUAUAUUUUUAU